AUGUUUCGUGUCGAAGCAGGUCGUCUAGUCUAUGAGUAUGACGCCGAGCAGCUCUGGAUCGAACCCUGGGUUGACAAUGCGUUCCGAAUCAGAGCCACAAAAUGCGCCACCAUGCCGACUGAAACUUGGGCAUUGGAAAUAAAACCGUCACGCCCAGUUCACCCGGAUAUUUCUAUCUCCUCUACCUUUGCAAGCAUCACCAACGGCAAAAUCAAGGCGGUCAUUUCCAAGUUCGGGAAAGUGACCAUUUUGAAUUCCAAUGGAAAAGUAUUGCUUGAAGAAUACUCUCGCACUCGCCGGGAUGUCCUCGAUGCAAAAUGCAGCGCCAUAGAGGUCGAGGCUCGUGAGUUCAAGCCUAUUUUAGGUGGCGACUACCAUCUCACCUUACGACUGGAGAGCGUGGAUCCGAAUGAAAAGAUUUUUGGCAUGGGCCAAUACCAAAUGCCAUUCUUGGAUCUCAAGGGUCAUGAUCUAGAGCUAGCUCAUCGAAAUUCUCAAGCUAGUGUUCCCUUCGCAUUAUCGUCGCUCGGGUAUGGCUUCCUGUGGCACAAUCCAGCGAUCGGACGUGCCGUCUUUGGAAAGAACAUCAUGAGUUUCGAGGGUUACUCUACCAAAGUCAUGGACUACUGGAUCGUGGCAGGAGACUCGCCCGCAGAAAUCGAGGAAGCCUACGCUGAUGCUACUGGAAAAGUCCCUGUGAUGCCCGAAUUCGGUCUAGGGUUCUGGCAGUGUAAGCUACGGUAUCAGACGCAAGAUGAGAUUCUCAGUGUAGCUAGGGAAUAUAAGCGUCGAAACCUGCCGAUCGACCUCAUUGUUAUCGAUUUCUUUCACUGGCCUAAGCAAGGAGAGUGGAAAUUUGACCCCGUGUACUGGCCCGAUCCAGCUGCUAUGGUCAAAGAGCUAAAGGAAAUGCAAAUCGAACUGAUGGUGUCGAUCUGGCCGACUGUUGACAAAAAAUCGGAGAACUAUGAAGAAAUGCGCGAAAAAGGUCUGCUUGUUCGUGUGGAUCGUGGUGUUAGAACGGGUCUAGAUUUUGAAGGCGAUACCAUCCACUUUGAUGCUACCAACCCCAAAGCAAGAGACUAUAUCUGGAAAAAGGCUCGUGAAAACUAUUACACCAAUUACGGAAUCAAGGUCUUUUGGCUAGAUGAGGCCGAGCCCGAAUACACGGCGUAUGAUUUCGACAUCUACCGAUAUCACCUCGGAUCGAAUCUAGCAAUUGGGAACAUCUAUCCAAGUGAUUAUACUAGAGCUUUUUACGAAGGAAUGACCCGUGAGGGCCAAACGAACGUUGUCAACUUGGUCCGCUGCGCCUGGGCUGGCAGUCAGAAAUACGGAGCAUUGGUGUGGAGCGGAGAUAUCGCGUCGUCGUGGAGCAGUUUCAAAAACCAGCUAGCGGCAGGUCUCAACAUGGGUGUCGCGGGCUUCCCCUGGUGGACUACUGACAUUGGAGGCUUCCAUGGCGGUGAUCCUAAUGACCCUCAGUUCCGCGAACUAUUUGUACGCUGGUUUCAAUGGGGCGCGUUCUGCCCUGUUAUGCGCUUGCACGGCGACCGCGAGCCACGCCAGCCUGAACAGGGCUCAAGUGGGGGUGCAAGCUGCUGUAGCGGUGCAGAAAACGAAGUCUGGUCCUAUGGGCCAGAAGUGUAUGAAAUUUGCAAGAAGUAUAUGCUUAUUCGUGAGAAGUUGCGGCCCUACACGCGACAGCUUAUGCAGGAAGCUGCAGACAAGGGAACGCCGGUCAUGCGUACUUUGUUUUAUGAGUUCCCCGACGAUGAAAAGUGCUGGGAAUGGAUCGGUCACUACAUGUAUGGCCAUCAAUAUCUGUGCUGCCCGGUUCUUGCGGCUGGAACGACCAAGAUGACUGUCUACCUGCCCAGUCUCCCCGUGGGCGAGGAGUGGAAGACAUAUGUUGGUGAGAAGGCGUGGGAAGGUGGCCAAGAGAUCAUAAUCGACUGUGUCCUAGACACCAUGCCUGUGUUUGUGAGGACAAACAAGCGAUCGGCUUAG